CGAAGCUGAUAGAAUCGCCAUAUCAAAAUUUCACAACUCUAACUCAUCUCACUAACUCAACCACACUCUCAUCUAGCUCUAUAUAUCCAUACACAAAGCACAAGCAUUCCGGCGGCUAUCUCCGAUCAAAUUUCCGAUGGAGAGAGAAUGAUAGAGAAUCGGAGACCACGACGCUGAUCAUGUCACUUUCAUGCUCAGACUGCUUCUCCGACCUACUCUGCGGCGAGGACUCCUCUGAAAUCCUGUCCGGAGAGUCGCCGGAAUGCUCGUCGGAUGUAGAAUCUCCGGCGUGCAGUGAGGAAUCCAUCGCCGGAUUCAUCGAAGACGAACGCAAGUUCGUCCCCGGGUUUGAUUACUUGGCCAGAUUUCAGUCUCACUCGCUCGACAUCUCCGCUAGAACCGAAUCCGUUACAUGGAUUCUCAAGGUCCAAACCUACUAUGGAUUUCAUCCACUAACGGCGUAUCUCUCCAUCAACUACUUGGAUCGGUUCUUAUAUUCCCGCCGGUUGCCGCAAGCAAAGGGGUGGCAAAUGCAACUAUUAAGCGUUGCAUGCCUGUCGUUAGCUGCGAAGAUGGAGGAACCUCUGGUUCCUUCGUUGUUGGAUUUACAGGUUCAAGGUGCGAAGUUUAUUUUCGAACCCAGGACAAUUCGCAGAAUGGAGCUUCUAGUGCUAAGUGUAUUGGAUUGGAGGCUACGAUCUGUAACACCAUUCUGCUUCAUCACUUUCUUCGCGUCAAAGCUCGAUUCAACUGGAACCUUCGUUGGUUUUCUUAUUCAACGGGCUACAGAUAUCAUUUUAUCGAAUAUUCAAGAGGCUAGCUUUCUUGAUUACUGGCCAUCAUGCAUUGCUGCAGCAGCUAUACUUUCUGCGGCAAAUGAAAUCCCGAAUCUGUCCCUUGAAGAUCCGGAGCUUGCUGAAUCAUGGUGUGAUGGACUAAGCAAGGAGAAAUUAACCGGCUGCUACCGAUUAAUGCAAGAACUGGUGCUGCAGACUAAUCGGAAAGAUAAGUCGCCAACCAUUGUGUUACCACAGCUUCGAGUUACAGUUCAGGCCAUAAUGAGGCCAAGCACUCCUACUACUCCAACUGACUCAUCCUCGUCGUUCUCGGUAUCAUCAUCCUCCUCGUCAUCGCCAUUAUCAUCGUAUAAGAGGCGGAAAUUAAAUAAGGGAUUGUGGGUAGAUGAUGACAAAUGAAGCUCCGAGUAAGAGGAUAUAUGGGACUAAACUAAUAAAAGGAGAAAAAAAAAAUCGAGAAUGGUGGUCCAGAAAAACCUCUAUUUUUUUAGGAGGGUUUUUGGGAUUGAAUUGACUUGAUCGAAUCGAGCGAGCUUCUCUGUAUAUUAUAUAUACAUACCUAUAUAUAAUGUAUGUACGUAUGAGAGUUUGGUGAGCUUACAGUUUUCUGAUUAGUUUUUCUUUAGGUGGGCAAUUGUCAUU